AUGGAUGCAAAAGAGCUUGCUGCUCAAUGCUGCUGGAAUUUGCAGCUAAGCCAUUUUCAAUUGGCCAGAAACGAUCUCGGCAAGGCCAAGAAGCACUGCCUCAGAGCCAGCAUGAGCAUCAACGAAGCACUACGAGUUAAAACCGAUUUUCUGGCGUCUCUUGUUGCCGAAAUUGCAAAGUUUACGCUCGAGUACCACAAGAAGUUAAUGAAGGAUGGGUCUCUGUGUUUGCUGGCACUGGAAAAGCUUCAGUGGCUUGCCUCGACCAACUCCGAUCGGGACUGGUUCCCGAUUCUACAAUUCGACACCAUAGAUAGCACUGCAGUGAUGCCAGUAAAUACUGUGGACGAUAAUAUGCUUAAGCUACCGAAGCUCUCCUCGGACUUUGCUGUAGAAUUCAAUGAGACGGUGGCAAGGCUCUCGAUCGAGAGACAACUUUCUGCGAUCAAGAUUGAUCACUCCAAUCGGAACAUAAAGCCGGGGACUUUGGCGCUUUCGGAUCUCUACCAAGAUCUUCUCACUAAUUGCUCAUUCGUGCUGUCGUUAUUAUCAAUCGCUGAACUUGGGAAGGAGCUGGACCUCCGGUCUUUGGUGACUUUCCAUGGCAACUCCAAAGCCAAAGUGGAACUAUACUUCAAUGGCGCAAGGCGUGAGAUUCCAAUCACAACGAGUCUUCCUUUUGUCUUGCCUCCACAUGAAGCUCGUAGCCUUCAUGUUAGAAGUCUAUCCAGCGAGACGUUGACGUGGCCCGCAAUUCUCGAGAAAGCUUUCUUGAUAGCGCUGGGUGAAGAUUACACAUUCAGUGGCUCGAACAUGGCCCAAGACACUUAUGUUUUGAUCGGCUGGAUCCCGGAAAUUCGCAAAACGAGCAAUAGUCGUCUCGAAGAGAUUGCCGAGUACUUUAAAUUGAAAGAGCAGGGAUUAGUCGCUUUGGGUCUAGGAACAGGACCAAUGUCUAUGGAGCUCGCUAAGCAGCUCGAGGUAGUCCCGGAACAUGACUACGUUUUGAGUCACUAUGACGAUGUGGAAAAAGUCUUGAUCUUGAGAAACCCUUGGAGUGCCACCACCAUGAGCGAAAAUAGUAUGCAGCAAUAUUUGCGAGUAGAUUUGUCACUAUUGGGCCAGUUUUCGUACCUUUAUGUCAACUGGAAUCCAAACUCGUAUCAAAGCGAUCGAGUUAUCUUUCCCUGUGUUCCUCUGGACUGGUCAGAGAUGUUCCUAGCGGAUAAGCCGCAAUACUUUUUUACAAACGAGUCUGAUGAGCCACAAGAGAUGAUCAUAUUGGUAGAAAAGUUUUUCCGAAUCAAAGGAAAGCUUUGCGUUUCGAUUUGGGAAGGUACCAAGAGCCUCAUAUACACAACAACACAGUACCCAUUAGUGGAAGGGGGAAGUUCCUCUGAUUUGCGACUUCAAUCUUUGAGAUUCACGACCAAACCACGAAAAAGUUAUGUGAUAUCAAUCUCCUCGUAUCACCACAAACUGGUCAUUUGUUCCUUGACAGUUUUCCACAAGAACAAUUCACUCCAACUUAAAAAAGCAAAACCCGACCUUCCAAAGAAAUCCGAAACCUUAACAGGAUAUUGGAACGGAAUGUCUCGAGGAGGAAGAUGGACUUGUGAGACCUACAUCAAUAAUCCACAAUACGACUUGAAAAUCUCCAGUCCUAACACUUCUGUUGCAAUACUUCUAGCAGCUAAAAAUCCUACCACUGAGAUAUCUGUGCAUAUGUUUCAUUGUGAAGAUAGCGAUGUUGGCAGGAAAAUACGAGGUUUUGACAAAUCCAAAUUGUUAGUAAAUGAAAAUUAUAGCAGGCUCAUCUGUUUGCUGUCUAUCAGUCAAUUGGAUCCUGGGCACUAUAGGAUAGUAGCGUCGACUUAUGAGUAUGGAGAGACUGAGGAGUUCCGGAUCAUGCUCGCUCAUGAUUGUGACGAAGAUAUUCAGCUAACGCAAGUGCCUCAAGCUUUAGGUAUGUUUGAACAAAAUCUCAAUUUCGAAUGGAACGGAGGGAAUCGGACAAAAUUCAUUGUACGCACAGACUACAGUAACACUAAGGUGACGUUUCAGUUGCUAGCAGGAAGUGAUCUGCUGUGUUUGGGUGCAUACAUUCCAGCCGUGCGGGCGUCGCUAUUCGAUUCGGCUUCUGGAAAGCCAGUUGUAUUGACAAGCGAUUGGAACGAUAGUAUAUAUGGUGUCUUCUUGGAUUGUGACAUCCCUGAGAAGAACGUCAACUAUAUUUUGCUCGUUGAACGAUUUGAGCCGGGAGAGGGCAUUUGCAGGAUUAAUGUUGGAAGUACUAGUCGAUUGAAAAUUGCCGAGUCUCGUUAG